UGCUUUUCUGCUGUGGGACGAGAUCUGUGGAGUCAGCCAGGGUCCGCUGUUUACUUCGUUAGGAGGACUGGUCCUCGACUCUCGAGUGCAGGACAAUGCUGAAAGGAAUAACAAGACUUAUCUCCAGGGUCCAUACGUUGGACCCUGGACAUUUGCACAUGGGGACCCAGGCACCCCAAAGCCUUGCUGCUCACCUUGAUAACCAGGUUUCAUUUGAGAGUCCUAGAGCUAUUUCCUACACCAGUGAGAAUGACCCGGCCAAGCAUGAGGAGCAUCAUGAGGGUCAGCACUACAACCUACCCCUCCAGGAUAUGAAGACUAUAUUCCCCCAUGGCCUGCCUCCUCGAUUUGUAAUGCAGAUGAAGACAUUCAAUGAAGCUUGCCUAAUGGUAAGGAAACCAGCCCUGGAACUUCUGCAUCACCUGAAAAAUACCAAUUUUGCUCAUCCAGCUGUACGAUAUGUUCUCUAUGGGGAGAAGGGAACAGGAAAAACACUCAGUCUUUGCCAUAUUAUUCAUUUCUGUGCAAAACAGGACUGGCUGAUACUGCAUAUUCCAGAUGCUCAUCUUUGGGUGAAAAACUGCCGGGAUCUUCUGCAGUCCACGUACAACAAACAGCGCUUUGAUCAACCUUUAGAGGCUUCGAUGUGGCUGAAGAAUUUUAAAACUACAAAUGAGCGUUUCUUGAGUCAGAUAAAAACUCAAGAGAAAUAUGUCUGGAAUAAGCGAGAAAGCUCUGAGAAAGGCAGUUGUCUGGGAGAAGUAGUUGAACAGGGUAUAACACGGGUGAGGAACGCCACAGAUGCAGUUGGGAUUGUGCUCAAAGAGCUAAAGAGGCAAAGUUCUUUGGGUACUUUUCACCUCCUGGUGGCAGUAGAUGGAGUCAAUGCUCUCUGGGGAAGGACCACGCUGAAAAGAGAAGAUAAAAGCCCAAUUGCCCCACAGGAACUAGCACUUAUUUACAACCUGAGGAAAAUGGUGAACAAUGAUUGGAGUGGAGGCGCCAUUGUGUUGACUUUGAGCCAGACGGGGUCUCUUUUUAAAUCCCGUAAUGCCUAUCUGCCCCAGGAACUGCUGGGAAAGGAAGGAUUUGAUGCCCUGGACCCCUUUAUUCCUAUCCUGGUUCCUAACUAUAACCCAAAAGAAUUUGAAAGUUGUAUUAAGUAUUAUUUGGAAAACAAUUGGCUUCAACAUGAGAAAGCUCAUACAGAAGAAGGGAAAAAGGAGCUGCUAUUCCUAAGUAAUGCGAAUCCUGGGCAGCUGGAACGGCUCUGUGCCUACCUCUAAGCUGCAGUCAGAACAUACAUGGAAGACAAUGGAUGUUACUAGACUGACCCAAUCAGAUGGGGGACUCCCACAGUACACAUGAAGAGCUCAUGGGACUGGGCUGGACUGCAGUCAGCUCCCACCUUUCAUUGAAAUGUGUUCCUUGUAAAGUGAUUAUAAUGACAAUAAGAUAUCCUUUUGUUCCUGAAGCUAGUAUCAGUUCAU